AUGGAGACCUAUUGGAAGAUCUUGGAAAAGGUCAAGGGUUCUACGCUGCGUUUGACCAAGAUCGAUGACGAGAUUUACGAACAUUUCCAGAAGGAAUUCCCCGAAUUCGACCCUGCUGCUACUAUCAACGAGGAUGAGAUGAAGAGCAAGGACGGCAAAGACCGCUGGAGGAAGUUCAUGAUGGCUUAUGAGAAGAAGGUUGACGAUUACAACUUCGGCACCAUGGUUCGUGCCAACCCGAAGUGGGAGUAUGGACAGAACGAGGUCAUUUUCGGUAAGAUUUUCUGCGUGGUUGACGCAUUCCCGGAUUGCUGGAGCCCGUCGCUUAACUAUGGAAAACAGUACCCCGGAUGCAGUUUUAUGCUGUUGAGAUUGCCAGGAACCGCAAGGGCUUGA